GAGAGGGCAUCGUUAGUUUUAGGGCUGGGCUGGCGAGGCAAGGCAUCAUCAUCAGGCAUUUUCACAAGACAAUCGCCCCCCUCCCUCCCUCCCCCUCGCCUUCCCGAGCGAACCAAAUCAAAUCUAUUGGGUUCGAUAUCUAUCUAUCUAUCUUCAACCAAACCAAGCCAGCUUACCUCCCUCUCCCCCUCUCAUGAUCAAAAGAUCGUUAUGAUAAAGAGGCAAAGCCUGCGCUCAUCCCUAUUGUCAUUCUUUCUUCUUCCUCACCACCGCCCCCGCCAUAGCUUGCAGGCUGGUUUCUCUUUAAUGGCCGGCCUUUUUCGUGUCACCAACGAUCCAUCACUGUCAAUGCUUUCCUCUCCCUCUCCCUUCGAUAAUACAUUGCACGCCCGGGCCCUACAUAGCCACCACCACGCCGCCGCCCUCCGAAACCUCUUCCUGAUUGAUCGCACUGGAGGAGCGAGGGUUAUGUUAAGGGGUCUCAACGGAAGAUGCGUCCUUUCUAGUACUACGAAUAGGCCAAAUCUCUACGGCUGCUGCUCCCGCGACGCCACCAGUAGCGACGCUCAUAAUUCUGCCUUUCAGAAGAAUCUUCCAACAUUCGCUUCAACCCUGCCAAUGCUGCUUCACGAUUCCGAGAUUGCACUACAAGAAGAUGUCUGCAAUGCCCCUGCCGCCCCUGCUUCUGCUAGAUUUGCGAAUGGUCGCGGUGGCGCCCUGGAUGUCCCAGACCAACGAUACCCUGAGAAAAUUGCUGUUGCUGUUGAUGUUGACGAAGUUCUUGGAAACUUUGUAUCAGCCCUAAAUCGGUUUAUCGCAGAUCGUUACUCGUCAAAUCACUCAAUCUCAGAGUACAAUGUGUAUGAGUUCUUCAAGAUAUGGAACUGCUCCCGUGAAGAAGCGGAUUUUCGUGUUCAUGAGUUCUUUAAGACGCCCUAUUUCAAGACAGGGAUCCAUCCAAUUCCUGGUGCUCAGCGGGCUCUUCAGAAGCUGUCAAGAUUUUGUAAUUUAUCAGUAGUGACGUCCCGGCAGAAUGUGAUCAGGGACCACACAAUUGCGUGGAUUGAGAAACAUUUCCCAGGACUAUUCCAAGAGAUUCAUUUUGGCAACCACUUUGCCUUAGAAGGGCAGUCGAGACCUAAGUCAGAGAUCUGCAGGUCAUUGGGAGCAAAAGUCUUGAUUGAUGAUAACCCUAGAUAUGCCAUGGAAUGUGCUAAAGUUGGAAUUAAGGUUUUACUAUUCGAUUAUGAGCAUUCCUACCCGUGGUGCAAGAUAGAGUCCAUUAACCAACAUCCCAUGAUUACUAGGGUUCAUAGUUGGGAAGAAGUGGAGCGGCAGUUAGUUUCAUGGGUUAUCAAAUUUAACUUCUGAUCCUCUUGAACACCAUCUUUAUACUAAACCUACUCUUGGGUGAAUCGCUAAAAACCGGACCUCCCAUAUCGGUUCUCUUUACUGAUGCAGUGCAGCUCCAUGCAAGGAUGGCUGAAUAUGUAGGAAUUUAGGUUACAAUGGUAGAAGGAAGUUAUUAUUUGUUACAGGUAUAUAGUUGAUGCGUUUCGGUUCAUGAACAGAAAUUGUAACUGCAUUGUGAGCAAGCAUGACUAGUAGUUGGUAGGAAUAUGUUUUUCUGCCAAGUUACAUUCUUUGGGUUUCCCAUACUGGAUUGGAUGCAUAUGGGAAAUUUGUACAUUUGAUUAAAGCCUUGCAUCCGAUGAAUACAGUUGAAGCCUGUGUUGAGACUCU